AUGCGACCGAUAUUGCAGUGGAUUGAUAAAGUAUCCGAGGAUGAUAGCGAAGCAGGGUGUUGCGUUUAUGAUUUGGCUUUCAAACCAGAUGGAUCAGAAUUACUUGUUGCGGCUGAUACGAAAGUUUUGAUUUAUGACGGAACAGAUGGCACGUUGUUGCAGUCCUUGAAAGGUCAUAAAGAUCUUGUGUAUGCCGUUGCAUUUUCAUAUAACGGCGAAAAUUUUGCAUCCGGUUCUGCCGAUCGCUCCGUUAUUAUAUGGACUGAGCAGCAUGAAGGAACGCUUAAAUAUGUACACAACGAAGCAAUACAAUGUCUAGCUUUUAGUCCUGCAACAUCCUUUUUACUUAGCUGCGCCAUCAGUGAUUUCGGGAUAUGGACUCAGCUAGAGAAAAGUGUUAGUAAACAGCGAAUAUCAAGCAGGUGUGUUUGUUGUGCAUGGAGCUGCGACGGUCAACUUUAUGCUAUUGGAAUGUUCGAUGGCACUGUAUCUUUGCGUUCUGCUACGAAUAGUGUAGAAAUAAAAAAGAUUGAACGACCCUCUGGUGAACCUGUUUGGGCAAUUGCUUUUGGGGCUGCUCGAAGCACUGCGUGA